AUGGAAGGCCUAGACGAAAGAAACCGUGUCCUCAAUGAGGAGCUUGAACAGCUCAAGGAACAAAUGGCUAGAAUGCUUGAGGCCAUGAACAAAUUGCAGCACAACAAUAGUACUAGCAACGUCGGCGACGUUUCCAAAGAUAUCCAAUUCCCCGCCAAGUUCAAAAUCCCUGACUUCCAAAAAUACACCGGAGCCAGUUGUCCAAAAGGACAUCUAACAAUGUAUUGUAGGAAGAUGGCAGCCUAUGUGAGCAAUGAAAAGCUCCUGAUACACUAUUUUCAGGAAAUCCUUUCAGAUGCUGCUCUCAACUGGUACAUGCAGCUGGAUGGAGAGAAGAUCCAGACAUGGAAACAGUUAGCCGACGCCUUUUUUCGUCGGUACAAGUACAGCAUCGACCUAAUUCCUAAUAGGUCUGAUUUGCAAAGCUUGAGCAAGAAGGGCGACGAGUCCUUCAAAACCUAUGCACAGAGAUGGAGAGAAAUGGUUGAGCAAGUAGAGCCUUCAUUGUCUGAUAAAGAGAUGGUGACAAUGUUCAUCAAUUCUUUAAGUGGACCCUAUUAUGAAAAGAUGAAAGGGAACACUCCGACUCUCUUUGCCGACAUAGUCACUAUCGGGGAUAGAGUCGAGCAAGGUCUAAAAAGUGGGAAGAUAGGAAAAUUUCCCGAAAGCCAAGGGUAUAAGAAGACUUUUGGGGGAAAUGAAAUCAAUGUUCUAACCUCUUCCGCUACUCCUCGAACGGCCAAAGCAUCACCAAAAGCAGAAAGGGAACUUGAUAAAAUUCCUAUAAGCUACACAGAGUUAUUCCCUCAAUUGGUGAAGGCAUCCAUGCUGGUAAGAACUCCACCACAAAGAAAGCAGCAACCGCCUUACCCACUUUGGUAUAGGCCCGAGGAAACAUGCGAUUAUCACGCCGGGGCAGCAUGCCACUCCAUAGAAAAUUGCAAUGCUUUGAAAUCUCGUGUGCAAGAGCUUAUCAAUGCUGGGCAACUCAAGUUUGAGGCCAACACAACACACAUCAAGGAAUGA